CGCUCCGGCAGUCGGGAAAGCGUUCGUGAGGGUCCGUCGGUCGGUGGUCGCGCGGCGGUGAGAUCGCCGCCACCGCGGCGAAACCCGGUCACGGCAUCCCGUCCUUCCACGGUCCGCUUCGGCGCCUCGAAUCCGACGUCCAUCAAGCUCGACAGCGACGAAGAAGACAUCCGCGACAGGCACUCGAACAUGGUAUCCGCGCGCGACCAUGGCCGGGGGGCGGACCCUCUCUCCGAUUCCGAGGAUUCACGUGCGAGAGCUCGCAAGAGGCCGGCAGCCUCCUCGCCCGGUUGCUCCAGGAAGGUGAAGAAGCGGAGACGAGAGUCGUCGAGCGGAGCCAAGGGGCACGGGGCGGUGGCCGGUGGCGCGACGAGGUCUGUUGAUGGACGGAGGAAAAACAAGAGACUCGAGGCAGUCCGUCGUCCUCGGUCUCAUCAUUCCAGCGACGAUGGAUGGCUCAGGAGAUCCGGCCAUGGGGGCGGCGACAGGGCCCGGCGUGAUGCUGCGCCGGCGAGGCAGGUCGGCGCGUUUGCUGCGUCAAGCUCUCGUUCGCGUAACGGCGACCGAGGAAAAGUGGCUGCCAAGCAUGCUGCAUCCGUGGUUUCCGAAGAUAGCGUGGAGGAAGGUGAUGGUGAAGAGAUGGAAGGCACCAGUUCAGAUGACAACGGGAGAUUCGGCCGUAGGGUCCGGCAUGAUGCGGCUGUUGCAUCUCGUAAUCGUUCACGCAGCGGCGGCCGAAGAACUAGAACUGUGGUAACUGAUGACAGCGGGGAUGACGAUGAAGAUGAAGAGACGGGCAGUUCAGAUGACAAUGACGAGGAAUCCCGAGAUGACGAGGAGGAGGAUGUAAUGAAGGGGACGAACACGGAUGGCGACAGUGGCGAUAGCGACGAGGAGGAGGAGGGUGUGAUGAGAGGGAUGAACAAGGAUGAUGAAAGCGACGAUAAUGAGGAGGAGGAGGAUGUUGAUAGCGAGGAUGAUGAUGAUGCUGUAAUGAGAAGGAACAACGAGGGGAAGAGCAAGGAGAAUGUGGAUGUGAUGAAGGGGAAGAAUAAUGAGAACAACAAUGGUAAUAGCAACGGCAGAUGCAAAUCCGUAGAGAAGGAGGCCGGUGGGGAGGACGACGGAAACAGCACUCACGACGACAGUUCUGAUGCCAAUGCUGACGAAGAGGAGUCUAAUGACACAACACAGACAGAAACAGAGGAGGAGGAGGAGGAGGAAGAAGAAGAAGAAUCUGACGAGGCAGGGCAGGACCGGCGUGUCGCGUCUAGCCGCAACGGCGAGACAGGGCAGGACAGCACUCACGACGACAGUUCUGAUGCCAAUGCUGACGAAGAGGAGUCUAAUGACACAACACAGACAGAGACAGAGACAGAGGAGGAGGAGGCGACGGAGGAAGAAGAAAAAGAAGAAUCUGACGGGGCAGGGCAGGACCGGCGUGUCGCGUCUAGCCGCAACGGCGAGACAGGGCAGGACCCGCGUGUCGCGCCUAGCAGCAACGGCGAGGCCAGUGGGAGGACCCGACGAGCCGUCGAUGGCUUGCCGAGAGUCGGAAGGAGGAAAUUCGAGGGGAUGUGGCUCGUCGAGGAGGCCGACACCACCACCCCACCUCCCGGCCGGGGUCUCAGUAAGCGGACACGGUCGCACCUGAGCUGCUCCAACAAGAAACUGCUGAAACUUGGUUCUGUAACCAAGCCGGUCCUGCUGGACACAUCUUCCUCCGGCUCCGAGUCCGAGCCAGAGGAAGUCGUGCCACCGCCUCAGCCAUCCAGCUGGGCGGCCGAGGACGGCAGCGCCGGCGAAGGCAGAAGGCCGGCGAAGAAGAAGACGAGACGGUGCUGGCAGCAGAUCGCCCAAGGCGGGCGCUCAGAGAAUGACAACAGCGACGACCCUGACGACGACAGAACGCCGCCAAGGAAGGCCAGGAAGGGGCCGAGCUCAAGCAAGCCGAAGAUUGGAGCGUCGAACCGGCAACAGACUGCUGCCAAGGCAGGUGGCAAAACCCACCAUGGUUCUUCUACCAACCCACGACGCUUCUUCAAGACUCGCGCCGCGAAUGCAGCAGAUGGGCGCGGUCUGCAGGAUGACAUUUGCUUCCAGAAAAGCUCCCUGUCUCAUCGCAAGGGGAAGCGUCAGGCGGAGGAAGACAUCCCUGCCAAUGAUCUGCUCGCCUCCAUAUUCGAUGGGAUACCGAGCUACCUGGAUGGCUCUGCUCCUGCCGACGCACAGGGCGGCGGCUGCGACACGAUGCCUCUGGUGUUCAAGUUCGGGGAGGAAGCUGAAGUGAAAUCAGAGCAUGACGAGCUUGAGGAUCAACUGUGGGAAGACUGCGAUUUUGCCCUUCAAGAUGUCAAUGCCAAUGCUCACAGCUCAGAGGAGGUUGAGGAGAGCCAGGGGCAAGAUAUUCCAGCAGACCAAAAAACUUUAUGCAGUCAAGGGAAGCAUGAUCUCGUUACUAAUGACCAAAUUGGAACUUGGUGCAGGCACUGCCCCUUCCUUCUUGAAAUUAAAUAUGUAAUGGCCCCUAUGGGGAAUUGUUCAGCGGAAAGGGAACCAACAUUGGCUCGCGAGCUGAACAUUGAUAUUAUUAAUGGCAUCCUAACAACAAUGGGGUAUGAAGGAGAGUAUGUCAUUGGCAGUCAUAAAAGUGGCCCUGUCUGGAAUCUCAUUCCUGGUGUCCGAGAAGACAUGUUCCCACACCAGCAGGAAGCCUUUGAAUUCCUGUGGAAGAAACUGGCCGGAGGUAUUGAUAUUGAACAGGUGAAGCAGAUUGUGGAAACUGAUGCUCUAAGUGGCUGUGUGAUCUCUCACGCCCCAGGGACGGGGAAGACCAGAUUAGCAAUCACAUUUGUUCAAUCUUACCUCGAGCUUUUCCCACAGUGUUUUCCAGUGAUCAUUGCUCCUAAGGGUAUGCUUGACACAUGGGAAACUGAGUUCAGAAAAUGGAAUGUGAAGAUACCUUUCCACGUACUGAGUUCCAGCGACAUCCACUGGCAUGGAGAUAUGACCGUCGAAAGACUGGCCUCGAAUGAUAAGGAAUUUGCCCGGAAGCUGUCCAUAAACAGCAUUGACUGGAAUUAUAUGCGUGCGCUGAAGUUGCGAUCAUGGGCUGAGGGGAGUAGCAUCGUUGGACUCAGCUACUCUCUGUUCAGGAACCUCACCAAAGGAGAAGGCAAUGAUGCUGACAAGGUGAGGCAGCUGCUUUUUCAAAGGCCUGACUUGCUGAUCCUUGAUGAAGGACACACACCAAGGAACAAGGAGACCAAUAUUUGGAAGGCUCUUGCUAAAGUUCGUACCAAAAAGAGAAUUAUUUUAUCCGGGACUCCAUUCCAGAACAGCUUUGAAGAGCUUCAUAGCAUAAUGCGCCUGUUACUUCCUGGUAAUGAUGAAGCCACGGGUUUCUUGAAUUCUUUGAAACUAAACAGCAUAACGGAUAAAAGGGUGGAUGAGAUCAGAAAAAAAUUGGACCCUUUUGUGCACAUCCAUAAUGGUGACAUUCUAAAUAAAUCCCUUAAAGGAUUUAGAGAAUCUGUUGUGAUUCUGAAUCCUUUGCCUAGCCAGAAGAGGAUCCUCGCAGAGAUGGAGAAACAUAAGGGCAGCACUCUUGAUUUGGAAUACAAGAUAUCUCUUGCGUCCGUACAUCCGUCCCUCGUCGCUGGCAUGAAAAAUUUGCCAGAAGAAGUAACAUCUGUUGUGGACCAGCUUCCAUUGGAGAGGUUACGGCUGAAGCCAAGUGAAGGAGUUAAGACGAGGUUUGUUUAUGAGGUUGUGCGUCUAUGUCAAGCUUUAAAAGAGCGAGUGCUUGUGUUUAGCCAGUUUCUUCAACCAUUGGACUUGAUCAUGGAGCAGCUGAGGAGAGAGUUCAACUGGACCAAAGGCAAAGAGAUCCUGGUAAUGAGUGGACAUGUCUCCUCAAAAACCCGCAAACCCUUGAUGGCGGCCUUCAAUGAUAUGGAGAGCGAGGCCAAGGUGAUGCUUGCAUCGACCAAGGCGUGUGGAGAAGGUAUCACCCUCGUUGGAGCGUCGCGUGUGGUGCUCCUCGAUGUUGUGUGGAACCCUUCUGUCGGAAGGCAGGCAGUUGGACGUGCAUAUCGAAUUGGUCAGCAAAAGGUUGUCCAUUCGUACAAUUUAAUCGCAGAAGGAACACAAGAGAAGGCCAAAUAUGACAGUCAAACUAAGAAGGACCAAAUGUCCAAAAUGCUGUUUUCAAGUGAGCCGCAGCCUGUGGAGUGCAACCCGUCAUCUGAAUUUAUUUCCAAUGACAGGAUUUUGGAAAAAAUGACAGAAGAUGAAAAUAUGAAAGAGAUGUUUGUUGAUAUUCUCCCGUCGCAGUGGCUAUAAAACGUAUAGAUCUCUGCGUAGGAGAGCCGGUGUACCUGUGGUGAAGGAAAUUGUAUGUCGAGGAGAUCAAUGGAACGCCCUCUCUGUACCAGAAAAAGUGUUAUCAACAUGUUGUAUUGUCUUACAUAGAUGCUCCAAGGAUGUUGUUUUGUUUUGUUUUCUCUACAACAGCAGAGGGAUGGAGUGUCUGGAUGUUUUUUUUUUCUUUUUGGGUGCAAAGUCCCAAUUCAUACCGAGAUUGAUGUCCCUUCCUAAAAGUGAUGACCCUGAUUCUCUGAAAUUGAACUUGUUGUAUACUGCAAUUUGACAUGAGCUACA